GCGGCCCUGAGAUGGCGGCGGUGGCGGCGGGCGCGUCGGGCUCGGCGGCCGGCGCGGCCCCUCAGCAGCAACCGCCGCCUCAGCAGCAGCCGCAGCCGGCGGCGGGUGGCGCGGCGGGCUCCGGGGAAGCGGGCGGUGGAGGCGGCGGGGGGGCCGGCGGCGGCGGAGGUGGCGGCGGCGGCGCUGGGCCCGCACCGGGGUCGGGGUCGGGCGGCGGCGCGGCCGGGGGGGAGUCGUGGUACCUGGCGUUGUUGGGCCUGGCCGAGCACUUCCGCACUUCGAGCCCGCCCAAGGUGCGGCUCUGCGUGCACUGCCUGCAGGCCGUGCUGCCCCGCAAGCCCCCGGCCCGCAUGGAGGCCCGCACCCACCUCCAGCUCGGCUCCGUCCUCUACCACCACACCCGCAACGGCGACCAGGCCCGCGGGCACCUGGAGAAAGCGUGGUUGAUAUCCCAGCAAAUUCCCCAGUUUGAAGAUGUUAAGUUUGAGGCAGCCAGCCUUCUGUCCGAACUGUAUUGUCAGGAGAAUUCAGUGGAUACAGCAAAACCUCUGUUACGCAAAGCCAUUCAGAUUUCACAGCAGACUCCGUACUGGCACUGCAGAUUGCUUUUUCAACUUGCACAACUACAUACACUUGAAAAAGACUUAGUAUCAGCAUGUGACCUUCUCGGAGUUGGAGCAGAAUACGCUCGGGUGGUAGGAUCAGAGUACACCAGAGCACUGUUUCUGCUAAGCAAGGGGAUGCUCCUUCUAAUGGAACGAAAGCUGCAGGAGGUGCACCCUCUCCUUACUCUUUGCGGACAGAUAGUUGAAAACUGGCAAGGAAACCCCAUCCAGAAAGAGUCGUUACGCGUAUUUUUCUUAGUCCUGCAGGUCACGCAUUACCUGGAUGCUGGGCAGGUGAAAAGUGUGAAGCCAUGCCUGAAACAGCUUCAGCAGUGCAUCCAGACCAUAUCCACGCUGCACGAUGAUGAAAUUCUGCCCAGCAACCCCGCUGAUCUCUUUCACUGGCUGCCCAAGGAACACAUGUGUGUGCUUGUCUACUUGGUGACAGUGAUGCAUUCCAUGCAGGCAGGUUACCUGGAGAAGGCUCAGAAGUACACAGACAAAGCACUCAUGCAGCUAGAGAAACUAAAAAUGUUGGACUGCAGUCCUAUCUUGUCAUCUUUCCAAGUUAUUUUGUUGGAACACAUUAUCAUGUGUCGGCUUGUCACGGGGCACAAAGCCACAGCAUUGCAGGAGAUUUCACAAGUCUGUCAGCUCUGCCAGCAGUCUCCCAGACUGUUUUCUAAUCAUGCUGCCCAGCUGCACACUCUAUUAGGGCUCUACUGCAUUUCUGUUAAUUGCAUGGACAACGCAGAAGCACAAUUUACUACAGCACUGAGGCUCACUACACAUCAAGAACUGUGGGCAUUUAUUGUGACAAACUUAGCCAGUGUCUACAUCAGGGAAGGCAACCGACAUCAAGAGCUUUACAGCUUAUUGGAAAGGAUAAAUCCAGACCAUAAUUUCCCUGUGAGCUCUCACUGUCUUCGAGCAGCAGCUUUCUACAUCCGAGGUCUGUUUUCCUUCUUUCAAGGAAGAUACAACGAGGCCAAACGAUUUUUGCGGGAGACGCUGAAAAUGUCAAAUGCAGAAGACUUGAAUCGAUUAACGGCGUGUUCUCUUGUACUCCUGGGUCAUAUAUUCUAUGUGUUAGGGAAUCACAGGGAAAGUAAUAAUAUGGUAGUACCGGCCAUGCAGCUUGCAAGCAAGAUACCAGAUAUGUCUGUGCAGCUGUGGUCUUCAGCUCUGUUGAGAGACCUGAACAAAGCCUGUGGAAACGCCAUGGAUGCACACGAGGCAGCGCAGAUGCAUCAAAACUUCUCACAACAGCUCCUCCAGGACCACAUUGAAGCAUGCAGUCUUCCAGAACACAAUCUAAUCACGUGGACAGAUGGACCACCUCCUGUACAGUUCCAGGCACAGAAUGGACCCACCACCAGCCUGGCCAGUCUCCUGUGAAACAGAGUAACUAUCAGGACAGUGUGUUUAAAAAGAAAAAAGAAAAAAAAAGAAAGAAAAAAAAGCCAAAAAAGGAGAAAAAAUUCAUGCAAAAUCUUUUCUUCAAAGAAAAGGCAGCAAAUUCCUCUUCUAGUGAGGGCCUUGUAGGAAACAGAUUGCAUAAAGACAACGUACAUUUCAUCGACUUGCAAAGUGAGAAGGGCAUUUUAAGCUGCUUUUACAUAAUGUGUGUGAAUAUACAGCUAGUGUGUAUAUACCUACUGGUUUUAAUCUGCUUUCCUCUUACUGAGAAUUAAGGUUUAGUCCAAAGGAGGCUUGUUCCUUAAAUUGUUAGAUACCUACUUUUUAAAAAUUGUCACAGGAAAUGAAGAGGACUCGCACAGUUUUGAAUACCAAUUGUAUUCUAAAUACUUAAAGCUUCCCCGGAGUAUGAUGCAUGCCAGUUUUAAUGUUUUCUGCGCCCUUCCACUCCUGGGAAUAAUUGGAUUAAAUCAUGAUUGAUUGUAGGGUGCCCUAUAAAGUUCUAAAUUUAGUUUCGAAGGUAAUAUUCUUUCCUUCUCAUUGUGUGCAAGUCGUUGCCAGUGCUGUUUGUAGCCUUGCAGUGAAGGUAAGGAUGAGAUCAGUGAGAUCGGAGUUCUGCCGGGCAGGGUGUUUGCAGCCGGGGGGGUGCGUUAGCAUCCUUGGGGUGACCUCCGGGCUGAGCAGAGCGGGCUUGUGCUGUUCUCGGAGGAGCAGGUUCCACCUCCCGGAUCCCCGAGCGUGUGAUGAUGUCCCACCGCUUCAUCCCGACAAGGGUCGGCUUCUGCCUCCCUGCGCUGAUGGUCAGUCCCACACGGGGUAAGGCAGGAUCACAGCUCUCUCCAUCUCUGCUACUUUGACAGAAGGAGGAAAGUUCUUGUCCUCCUGUCUAGUCCAAGCAACUGGGAAACGGCGUUUUGCAUCUUUACUGCAGCCUCACCAAGGGAAGGCAGCAUCUGUGCCUUAAUGAUUUUUACAAGUGAUUGAAGUCAGAGUUAAACCCCAGAUCCAAUAUAAGCCAAAGGCUUAUCAUAAAAACUAAACUAUAGUCUUGCCCUUGGCAAAAACAUAACAUUUCCAAACUUUUCUGUGUUAGCUUUCCUGUUCUCUGUUGGUUUUUUGAAUUCUUCGGCUGUGAAUUCUCACUGCGUUUGCCUGUGCCUCUGCCGCUGUCUCAGAACAGGAGAGACGAGGCCCAAGUUUGUUCUGCAGAAAACAGUAUGGGAGUUGUUAAUUCCGUGAAGCAUCAGCAGCUUUAUAGCAAGGAUCUGUGCCAGUCCGUCGUAGUGCCAUGUACAGCUUGCGAGGUUCAUGGGGUUGAAUAAAGGUGUUUUUCUCUCUUGGUAGCUCUGCAUAUUUAUCUCCCAACUUAAAAGGGGGAGGGAAAAGGAAUCUGCCAGAAAAAUUCCUUCGGUAGGGCUUUCUGUGAUUGCUUCUCUUUCUGAGGGAGGAGGAGAAUAUUUUAGAGGAACUAUUUGACCCCCUCAAACCUUUAGAACUUUUAUUGUAGAAGGAAUACUGUGAAGUCUGUCUUCAGUGGUCGUUCUUUUCCAGUCUUAUCCCCUCUCUAGCAACAGCUCACAGGGACACUUGCUUUUUGUAAUUCAAACCCCUCGGUUUUUACCACUGGAUGAUAAGGGGACAAGUGCUUGUCCGAUUACCAAAAUAGGAUUUUACGUUUCCUCUCCUGGACAUGCGGUGCUGAUUUAGAUCCUGUUCGCAGACGUUCACUCUUGCAGAAGCCGUGUAGAUUUUAGGUUUCCAGUAGGGAAAGCAUGGCUCAAUAUCGGUAUAGGGAGAGAGUCUUAUUACUGGGUUUGCAAGAAAAAAAAAGUUCGGUGCUGUUGAAAAUCUCCCUUAGAAUUCAAAAAAUAGGAAAGAAAUCUCUGAGGUCUGUUAGCGUACAGGGUCCUCGGAGGUACCAAAUACAGGGAGAAUCCACGCAGGCAGAAUCUGUUCUGCAUUGCUUGUUGAGAUAGCAUUCUGUGUCUGCACCCGGCUCUCGCAGUCUCCUGUCCCCUCCGACCGCUGCGGCAUUCUCACGGAAGCUGCCAGGCCAACGGCACCGGGAGCCCGGCUCCAUGCCGGCACCUUGGUGGCAGUGCAAGAGGAGAUGGGUUCACGCUCAUUCCACUGCUGGUCUGGGACAGCUUGGCUGUGCCACAGGCAUCUGUUAGAGACGGGACAACUUUGUAGGCUGAACAGCCAGCACGUGCUGGCAUUUUGAUCAGGAAUGGUCAGGUAAAUCCUACCUUGGGAAUACUGAUACCCCGUGGACUAUUUUUAAGUUUUUCCCUCUUUUUUUUUUUUUUUUUUUUUUUUUUUUUUGUGCAAAGGAAGCAGCGUCUCUCUUUAGCUGUUCCCUCCGUAAGUCAUGGACUUGCAAGAACUCAGUACCUGUUUUUAAGCACCGAAGUGCAAUGGCCGUUUUCUUGGCAGUGCUCUCGGCACUCCUACCUGAAAAAGAUGUACUUUAAAAUCUACUUGAGCCCCAUUCGGGUAAUCCGGGUGUUCUCUUUUUAUGUCUUCUGUCAUCCAAUCUGAGGUUGUUAUUUAACCGAUUACAUGCCCGUGGCAACUAUAAUAAAUUACUUUAUGUGUUGGCCAAAAAAAAGCGCUGCUUCUAUAAGGCAAUAUUAAAAAAUCCCAAUUCUAGAGAGCUGCGGUUCGGGCUGAGUUUAAGAAAAGCAUUUUGCACCAAGCGAGAUGUCCACCGGUGCUGGUUCAGGUAGCUGCAUCUCCUGACUUUAUCUUUCGGAGAUGCGCAGCGCUCGAGUUUGCGUUACAGGAGAGCGAUUUGCAGCAGCAAUUCUCUGGCUUCUCGUCGUGUCGGUACUUUGUGUGCGAACCGGGCGGCUUUGUAGUUCAAAUCCCUUGUCGGUCUGUUCUCGGGAGGGAAGGAAGUACUUGAGGGAAAGGCUGCCUGCUUGCUUCUGAUGUAAGUGCGCUCAGGUUUGAACAGGAACCAUUUGCUAAAUGUGGUAGCCGAACUCGUUCCUCCUGACAUUCCAACCUGGGAUUUCCCCGUCUGUGAGAAACCAGCUUCACCUGGGCUUUGCUGUUGUGCAAAUCAGCACUCCACCGCGCUCACCCACAGUCCCACAGAGCCAAGAACUCUGCUCCGUUACCAGAGUCCUCUUCCCAUCGCGGAAUUUCAAAAAUCAUGUAAAUUUGAAAAUAACUCGGUGAUUUUUCUAUCUCUGAAAUUCAAUGUACAUUUGUUACAAUGUACAGUGCUUUUUAACUACACUUGUAUAUUAAAUUAUUUAAUAGUUUUUGCUUUUCAGUAUCUUUUGUAUGUAGCAGAGAUUAAAACAAGGACCUCAUAACUGAAGUUCUUCCUAAUUUUUGAGUGCGUAUGUAAAGUUGAACAGAAAACUAGAAGUUUACAGUUUACAAAUAAUGUUAAGUGCUUGGUCUGUCUAACUUGAUUUGAACAACAUAUUUCUAAUCUUUCUUGUCCGAUCAUUCUCUAUAGAAACGAACAUGAAGUCUUUUAUGAACUUCUAAAAAAAUUAUUCUUCUAAAGAUGUAAUUUAGAGAACUGUACAGUUUUUUUCUCUAGUAUUUUUAAAUGAGUAGCGAGAACUUACACAGAAGCAUCUAAUCACUGUUUUGUAGAUAGUGUAAAAACUUAUAUAUGUAUAGAGAAGGCAGUCUGAAGAAGUGUUUGCCUGUUGUAUUUCAUUUCCUACAGUACGAACAUCAAAAAGGCCCACGUACACAGGAAGUCUAGAUUUGGCAGCUGGGGAAUUUAAAAAAAAAUAUAAAAAAAUAAAAAUCACGGACUUCAUCCCCCGUCAUCCCGUAUGUGCACUCACUGUGACACCACAAGCAAACAUUGACCUUGAUAAAAUGUUAGGACAUGUGGAGUUCAGUGCAACUUCACUGCUUUAAUUUUAUUUGGCUUUUCCAAAUUCUCCAGAAAGUAAAAUUAUCAUAGAAGGGGGUCAGUAAUGCCCCAUUUUACUUGAGGGAUUACUGGCCUCUCCACAUCAUGCCAAAUAAACCCGUUUCCAUAACAUUUGGCAGUUCUUGCCACAGUGGCGAGGAAAUCAGUAGUUCAGGCCGUACAGAACACGAAUUGGGACGAAAUAACGCCUGUCUGUGCUCUUCUACUGUCUGUCUUAGCAAGUGUAUUUAAUUGUUUCCUGCAGUGAACCUUUAAAUGUUACGUCAGGCUUGUACAACGUAUUGUUAAGUGUUUGUAGCUCUCCAUAAGUAGCAGGACGUGUACCUUCUGCCAGCGCUCCUUCCUGAAGCUGUAAAUACAGUAACUCAUGUCGUGAGAUGGAACCGGGGGCAUGACUUUGUUGCCUUGUUUCCUCUCGUUUUCUAUAUUAGAAGAAUUUUUAAAUAAAGUUUAAUUUUACUUCU